AUGGUCGCGAAGAAGCUCCCGCAGGUUCCCGAGACCGUCCUGAAAAGGCGAAAGUUGAGGGCCGAGAUUAGAGCGAAGACCCUGCAAAAUAAGGUCAAACUAGCCGCUAAGAGCAAGGAGAAAAAGGCAAAGAUCUUCAAAAGAGCGGAGAAAUAUGUUGCUGAGUACCGCCAAGCACAGAGGGAUCAACUCCGUCUCAAGCGUGACGCCGAAAAGAAUGGUGAUUUCUAUGUGCCGGAUCAACCUAAGUUGGCCUUCGUGGUCCGAAUCCGUGGUAUCAACCAGAUUCAUCCCCGUCCCCGCAAGGCUCUUCAAAUUCUCCGUCUCCGACAGAUUAACAAUGGAGUGUUUGUGAAGUUGAAUAAAGCCACACUGCCACUUCUCCGCAUAGUUGAGCCGUACGUUGCAUGGGGAUAUCCUAAUCUAAAAACUGUACAUGACCUCAUCUACAAGCGCGGAUUUGCAAAGGUUGACAAGCGACGAAUCCCGAUUACUGAUAACAGCAUCAUUGAGGAGGCCCUUGGCAAACACGACAUCAUUUGUAUGGAAGAUUUGGUUCACGAAAUUUACAACGUCGGACCUAACUUCAAGGCGGCCUCUAACUUCUUGUGGCCCUUCAAACUCAACAAUCCCACUGGUGGAUGGACGAAGAAGACAAAUCACUUUGUUGAGGGAGGCGACUUCGGCAACCGUGAGGAUCAAAUCAACAAGUUGUUGCGGAAAAUGAUCUAA